UUAUUAUUGUACAAAAGUCAAAUCAUUUGAAUUUUGAAUUGAAAUGAAAAUUAGUUUUUAUUCUCUUACUGGAAUUGACCCCACGCUUUUAUUUGACGAUAUAAGUGAUUCUGUUUGUGAAUUUUGCUCAAGAAUACUAAUUUACUUUGAAGAUACAGUGGAACAUUUAUCUGUAGCUGUUUUAUUGUACAUAGCAAUAUGCACCUUACUAUAUUUUUGUAUAAUCAAAUGGCAAUACCUAUCUUUCAACCGAGAAAUAAGACAUUCAAAGAGAGUCCUUUUCAUAACUGCACAUCCUGACGAUGAGUGCAUGUUUUUCGGACCAACAAUCCUGUUUUAUACAAGAAAAACCAAUUGUAUAGUGUUUCUGAUCUGCUUAUCAACUGGUAAAAACUAUGGCAUGGGUUCAACAAGAAGGAAAGAACUGUACAUAUCAUGUAAAGUAUUAGGCAUAGAAUCGAGUAAUAUAUUCGUGCACAAUCACACGUUACUUCCUGAUGCAAUAGAUGCACGGUGGCCAACUGCAGAAAUUUCUCAAAUCAUAUCACAUCAUGUGGAAGCCCUAGAUAUAACAACCCUUGUUACUUUCGAUCGAUAUGGAGUGUCCCAACAUAAUAAUCACUGCAGUAUAUAUUAUUCUGUGGCGAAUCUAAUUCUAGAUAGAAAAUUACCAAAGUACUGUGGUGUUUAUGUACUUGAUACUACCAAUAAAUUGAGGAAAUACUGGUUAUUUUUGGAUAUACCUUUAUCAUUACUGCUGUCCAAAUUCAGGUAUAUCAUUGGUUUCCAGGAUCGGACAAUUAUCCAUAAAGCCAUGAAGAAACAUAAGUCUCAGUUGGUGUGGUUCCGAUGUCUUUAUAUGUAUUUUUCCAGAUAUAUGCUGAUGAACACUUUACAGCAAAUGAAUUUGGUUGAUAUAGAACUAGACUUGGAAAUUGAAGAUUAAAUGUAA